AUGGGUAAUGAAUCUGGAAAUAAAUCUCGUAAAGAGAGAAGGAAAGAAGCUCGAUUAGACAAGAGUAAGAAAAAGUUUGACUCUUGGGUCCAACACCAUCAAUUACAAAAAACAAAAAAAGUUAGCAACAAUCAGAAGGCCGAAAAUGUGGAGAAGAAUACUCAAGUUACAGAAGAGAAAGAAACUUCAGAACCAAAUGAUUUGAAGGAGUGUAAAGAUCUGAAGCGAAAAAAGAAUUCCCAAGAGAAGUCAAAAACCAAAUUUGAGGAGUAUAUAGAUAUGGAAACUCAAAAAGAUGAUAUUUCUGCUAUGGAGGAUGUAAAAUUGGAAAGAAAACUUGCUAAGAAACUCAAGGUAAAGGAUAAAAAGUUACAUGGUGUCGAUGAUGACAUUAAUAUGUUGUUUGAAGGCAUUCCUUCUGCUCUUGAGUCCUUGGAUACAGAAAGUGGAGAUUUUUCUAAAAAAAUUACAACUUCACUCAAGAAAAAGAAGAGGGGAGUAUCAUCAAAAGAUGACCAAAUGAAUACAUCUUUAGAGCCAAAGGUGUUGAGAAAAAAGAAAACAAAGUUUGAAAAAUAUCUGGAAUUGGAGAACCAAGAUGAUUUGGCAUCUGCUAAGGAGGACAUUGCUUUGGAAAGAAAACUUGCAAAGAAGCUUAAAGUGAAGAAAGGGAAAUUAGGGGGAGAUGAUGAUGAUAUCAACAUGUUAUUUGAUGGGAUUUCAUCUGUAUUCGAUUCUUUGGAAUCUGAAGAAAAUACAAAUACAGACAUGGAAGAAGAAGAAGAAGAAGAAGAAGAAGAAGAAGAAGAAGAAGAAGAAGAAGAAGAAGAAGCAGCAGCUUAUGAGGCAACUAUCAAAAAAGACAUUUCAAGAAAGAAACGCAAGAAGAACUCUGAACAGAAGGUGAAUGUUGAGAUUAUAAGUGAAGAUGUGGUUCAAGAAUCUGAACAUGAACAUGAACAUGAACAUGAUGAUGGUGAAGCAUCUAAAAAGGAAGGACAUGCAAAAUAUGUGCCACCUCAGCUUAGAUCCAUGUCAAGAAAUGAGUUGGAAGAACAUGCUCAAAUUCGUAAACGUGUGAGAGGUCUUUUAAACAGACUGAGUGAAUCAAAUGUGGAAGGAAUUACAAUGGAAAUGUCCUCAAUCUUCCAUUCUAUUGCUCGUGGUGUUGGUGCUCAAAUUAUCAGUGAAGAAAUUUUGGCAUCAUGUGCAGGGGGACCUCGUGGAAAUGAACAGUAUGCUUCUGUUUUUUCAGCUUUAGUAGCUGGAUUGGCUUGCUUAGUUGGAAUUGACUUUGGUGCAAAGCUGCUUGCCUCACUUGCAAAGUGUUUUGAGGAUGAAUACCUAAAAGAAGACAAUCUUUCCUUGCGGAAUUUGACUCUUCUUCUCUCUUAUUUAUACAUAUUCGGAGUUUGCUCAAGUGAUUUAAUCUAUGAUUUCAUGAUGAUGCUGAGCUCACGUUUGACCGAGGUUGAUGUUUCCACCAUCUUGACAGUUCUUAACUGUUGUGGGAUGAGAUUAAGGAGUGAUGAUCCUGCCACCAUGAAAAAUUUCAUUGUCAGCAUUCAGAACAAGGUGGCUGAACUUAAGGCCACGUCAGAUAAUCAAGCAAAAAGUAAAAGAAUGGAGUUCAUGCUUGAAACAAUAUUUGACAUUAAGAAUAACAAAAAAAGGGCUAAAGAAGAUACCUUACCACAUACACGAAUCAAAAAGUGGCUUCAAAAGUUGAGGGUAGAAAGUAUUUUAGUUAGAGGAUUAAAAUGGAGCAAGCUUAUUGACCCAAACAAAAAAGGUCAAUGGUGGUUAUCUGGAGAUAUGAUCUCAUCAUCUAAUAAUAAUAUUGAAAAUGUUGCUAAAAAAAUUGAUAAAGAAACCUCUGAAGCUCAAAAAAUGCUUCAACUUGCUGCUAAACAAAGAAUGAACACAGAUGCAAGAAGAGCAAUUUUUUGUAUAAUUAUGAGCUCUGAAGAUUAUAUCGAUGCCUUUCAGAAACUUUUAAGAUUGGAUUUGCAAGGGAAACAGGAUCGAGAGAUGAUGAGAGUAGUUGUGGAGUGUUGUCUACAGGAGAAAAUAUUCAACAAAUAUUAUUGUGUUCUUGCUUCACAGUUAUGCACACAUGACAAAAACCACAAGUUCACAUUACAGUAUUGUGUAUGGGAUCACUAUGGAGAACUGGAAUCGAUGCAACUAAUGAGAUCAAUGCAUCUGGCAAAAUUCAUAGCAGAAAUGGUGUCGAAUUUUACACUUUCACUUGCAGUGUUAAAAAAGGCGGAUUUACAUGAUACAACUCAGCUAACUAGUAAAAAAAGUAUGCAUUUUAGGAUAUUUUUUGAGGCUGUUUUUGAGUAUCCGGAUAAUGUUGUGUGGAAUAUAUUUAAGCGUGUUGCGGGGGACCCACAAUACGAGACCCUUAGAACUGGAAUUAAGUUUUUUAUAGAGAGGUAUGUUGUGGGGAUUGACAAGGAGCCGUUUGUUGGGAAAUAUAAAAUUGCCAAAAAAGCCCUUAAGAGUGUUGAAGAAGACCCCUUUAGUUGAGAUAAUUGAUGCUCUCAAGUUGGAAGUUGUAUCUUUCAUGAAAAUUUUGUAGAAGUAAGCUAGUUGAUAUAUGUACGUUGUGUUUUGAACUUUUGAUGUGAGGGUAUUUUAUUUAAAUAUCAUUUAAUGGUGCAAUUUUUUUUUUGUUGAUUAUUUUGAGAAACAAAUUGAUGCAUGUUCAAGACUCUUACUCAACAGAUAGUGCAAUAAAAGCUUGAAUUGUCCUGUUUGUAGAAGGUGAGAAGUUACCAAAGAUCCUUCUCUCUUACUGAUACUUGAUAAAGCAAAUGAUCUCAAUUGAUGAAUUUGUGAGUUCUAUAAA